AUGGGAUGUGGGGCAUCGACAGAAGGUGGCCCAAGGAAUGAUGAACCACCCAUUCCUCCCAUCAAUGUUCUUGAAAAGGAGCCAAAGUCCCCAGCCCCAGUACCUGCCCCAAACGGCAAAAACGACAUCUACACACCACAGGACUAUACGGCUCUCGACAACAAAGUCAAACAGCUGUCUCCGAGACUGAAUAUAUCAACGUACGAAAACCUGAUCAAAACACUGACAUCUGGAUGCACCACAGACCUACAGAAGCUUCGAUCAAUUUUUGUCUGGUUGUUUCUGCAAGAUAUUCACGGCUCAUUUUAUAGCGGAGUAACGGACCCAAACACUCCAAGGGGCUACAUGAAACUUAUAAAGACUCAGAAUGGAUCAUACGAGCUAUUCUUUGCCCAGUUGUGCAGGGCUGCUGACAUUCCCUGCAAUGUCAUUAAAGGGAUAGCAAAGGGGGACAAAUAUGAAGUUGGACAGCAGGCAGUGUCAGAGCUAGAAAGUGCCUGGUGUGCAGUGUACGUGGCAGGAGGCUGGCGGUUCGUACACUUACUAUGGGCCUACUUUCAGGAAAAGCAGACAUAUGAAAACGGAGUUCCCCCCUCGCCUGGAACAAAACGAGCAAACAUAAACGAAUUCUUCUGGCUUGUGGAUGCCAAUAAACUCAUCUGCUUCUGCAAACCCCAUGUUGAACAAUGGCAGCUUCUUAAGGUCAAGUGGGAACACACGAAAUUCCUGAAGAGUCCUCUGUUUACAGAAGAGUAUUUUGGGUGCGGUCUUCUGCUACCCAAAAAGUACAAUGCAGUUAUCACUAGUGACAAUGGUAUAUCUACAAUUGAAUUUGACCACCAUAAUUAUGAAGAACCAGCUUUAGAUACAGUGGUUGACUUUGAUGACGACGUGUCAAGUAACGACAUCCCACCAGAUCUCGACCUAAAUGAUUACGUAACAAAAGCAAGUUCCUCAUCAAGAAAGACCUUGAUUGUCAGGUACCCGAUCCGUGGUAGAUACAAGGCAGUUAUUUUUGGUGGACUCGAUCCGAGUCUACCAAGAAUAGUUGAGUUUAGACUAGAUUGUAGAGACAUAGGACGAGAUCCCCAGCCUUUUCCUCUGAAUCCACCCGAGGGUUUCGGUAUUCUUCCAAUAGCCAGCCAGUUCGGGAUUUCUGACCCUGUUCCUGAUUCGGGGAUUAUACUGGUACGACCAACACAACAAAGACACUUCUCGUUUACAACUACACAGAGGUUGGAGGUGCAAGCAAGUCUGACGCACAGAAAGCAUGGCUCUGAUAUGUUCUCAGACUUUGUAUCAACGAGGUGCGCUGACGAAGAGGUUCAUGUUGCAGUAUCUGUACCAGAUGAGACAAUUUUGGAGUUCGGUUUACAGAUCGCUGUUAGGCCAGAGUUUGCCUCUAGAAACUUCACUGUUAUUGCAAGUUACUUGCUUGUAGACGAGAACUGGCAGAAGAAAACAGCUGUUGUUGUACCUUCCCGAGUGUCCAAGAAUGAGGAAGAUCGAGUGCGGAAAGCUCUGAUAGCUGCCUCACACAAGAACAGUAUACCCCCGUUGGAAAAAGCCAUUGGAGAAUUUGAACAUCACAGCCUCUAUGAUAACGGCGACCUGACCAGAGCAAGGCACAAACUUGAGCAGCUACACUUACAGAAUUUAAGAAAAGCAACACUGGACAGAAAAAUAGAAGAAUUAGAAGUAGCCAUAAACUCAGCAAAGAAAUCUCAUGUAGCUCCAGAGCUGGCCGAUAGUAAGGAGCUGAAGGAGGCGGAGAUGACGAAACUGCAGCUGCGUCGGUUGAAGUUGUACAUGCACAAAGUUCUGGCCUUGAAUAAGGCAACCAUUUCUGAGAUGCACAGUUACCAGAGACCGCGCCCACUUGUGCAUCAAGUUAUGAAGGCAACGUUUAGAAUUCUUGGAGAACCAAACAGUAAAAUACAAGAAUGGCCCUACGUACAAACAUCCAUGAGACAGCUGGGUCGCAACAGCAUGCUUAACCGUAUGAAGAGAUGUGAUGUGGUCCACAUGAAACAAAGGCAAGUAGAGGAUGCCGAGGGAUAUCUGAAAGACACCAAUAAAAAUCUGGUUCGUAUGUGCAGUGCUGGAGCUGGGACAUUCUAUGUUUGGAGCAACAACAUGAUCUCAGAGUAUCAGGGAAAAGGAGACAUCGAGCCACUUGCAAUCACCAGCACCACCAACAAGUGGGACAGGGGCAACAAACUCACGAAGAAGAAAGUUCCCCCCAACGACAGUGUUACAGCCAGUCAGAAUGACACGUUCCCAAACCAAUCUUACGGGGACGACAGUUUUAGGGACGAAUGGGACCCAGCAGAGAACAGCACAAACAGGAAACACGACGAACCAAAUAACAACCUGGUGGAUCUAAGUCGCUAUUCUGAUCACUGGGAUCCCAAUGCCCCAUCUGUGCAAGACAGGAAUACUCGUCGAUGA